AUCUUGCUGCCAUUCCUGACUUUCAGUCUGGUGCGAUGGAAAACUGGGGACUGACCACAUAUCGGGAAUCUGCUCUCUUGUUUGAUGCGGAAAAGUCUUCUGCAUCAAGUAAGCUUGGCAUCACGAUGACUGUGUCCCAUGAGCUCGCCCACCAGUGGUUUGGGAACCUGGUCACUAUGGAAUGGUGGAAUGAUCUUUGGCUCAAUGAGGGAUUUGCCAAGUUUAUGGAGUUUGUGUCUGUCCGUGUGACUCAUCCAGAACUGAAAGUUGUAAGAAGUAUUUACUUAUUAUUAUGA